AUGUUUCUGUUUGUAAUAAUUUUCAAUUUGCAGCCACACGGUUCCGCUUGGGUGUAUCGGCAAGCGUGCCAGUACCUUCGGGAGGAGUUCUCUGCAGUAAUCGCUUCACCGGUGCUACACCAACUGGACAAGUCCCAGCUGAUACACGUACUGCAGAGUAAUUUUUUGCAAGCAUCAGAGUUGGAGGUGCUGCAGGCUGUGCUUAAAUGGGGAGAACAAGAACUUAUAAGGCGUAUGGAAGAUCGUGAACCAAAUAUUUUGUCACACACAGCGCAUUCAGUGACGAGAAAAGGCGUGAAAAAGCGCGACCUAAGUGACGUUGAGUUACGGGAGAUUCUCUCCGAGUUGCUGCCAUUAGUUCGUAUGGAUCACGUUUUGCCGCCCAAUAGUGAAGUGCUCGCACAAGCUAUUCGUCGGGGGCUUGUGAGUACGCCACCUUCUCAUAUGAUCGGUGACGACCGGGAAAAUUUGCGAGUCAACGCUUGGAUACGUGGGGGAAAGAACCAAGGCCUGUUUGUUCGGCCGCGGCUUUUCAUGCCGUACUUUGAAGAAGUAAAGGUAUUGCUUGAAGAUCGAAUGGCGUCAUCUCAACAUCAAGCGGAGCUGAUGCGCAUGCGGCGAUCACGCCACUUGCCCGACAUUCCCGACACUUUGUACAUGGUAUCUCGCAUAAACGCAGCGGCCAAACCUAGUGUAUCCACUGCGGCGGCUGUAACUGGGAAAGAAAGCGUAAAUAUUUUAGCCGCAGCUGCCGCCAUACCGCCGCCUGACACACAAACGUUAGCAGCUUUGCUCAAACGCGAGCACAAAUUGCACCAGUCGCCCAUGUGCCAACGUGCUUUGCUGCUGCCGCUUUCAUCAAAACAUGAAAUUGAUCGACAGAUACGUCUCCGUGUAGUACGCGAAUUCAAUUUACCGGAUGCGGUGUCAGACCUGCUAGAGACAUCACUGUUAAGCAAUCAGAAUGCGGCAGCUGCGUCCGCAUCCGUCGCAACUACUAUAGCUGACGACAUUGGCAUCACUUCGACCACUCAAACUGAUCCCGAUCUCAUCGAAGACGAUGACCAAACGCCUCCUCCUUCUCCCGCCGCUGCAUGCUCCGUGCCACGACUAACUACGACUGGCGGCUUUCUCUCGACAUCGAUGGGAUCGUCGGCUGCAUCAUCUACCUGUGGAGGCGAAGGUAUACAACCAUGCUAUAGCCGAAAUUUAACUUUCCCCCGACAACAUCCAGGCGGUUUAUUGGGUUUGGGCAGCAGCGUUGGAGGAGGCAUGCCUACAAAUGUGGCUAAUGGCGGCGGUGGUGCUUUACAAGCAAAUUACGCGCGUCUUUCAGCUUCAGUACAUCAUCGUAGCGAUUUACCCGCACUAAUAACAGAAGGUGACUAUCGCUUUCCGCAUGGCAGUGCGCUGGGGAUCGAUGUUGGAGCCGAGGGAGGUGGUGGUGCGGUUGCAUGUGGCGAGGGUGGUAACGGUGGACAUUUGUCGGAUAUGAUGCCCGAUGUAGCGAUGGCAACGGCAUCGUUAGGCCAGUUGCAUCUGGCGAACAACACCAAUAACGGCAACAACGGGGACCUACACGAAAGUCUACAACUAGAUUUGGGAGAUGGGCCGAGUCAUAUUAUGGGAGGAGGAGCACCUGGCGCUGCUGGACCUCUGGGAUUGCGUGGUUUGCAGCACCCACUACCACCUAGCAACUAUCACCACUUUAUGCAGCGCUCGAAUUCACCAUUUGACAUGUUGCGUCAAGGUCAACAUUCGCCAGCACCACAUCCCCCUCCUGGGACCUACAAUUCCGGACCGCCCAGAUUCUUAUAGAGUUUGCGAGUGGCCCCCGAUCAGGGCCUUUAUUUUAGCAUGCCUUUUUGAGGAACAAAUGCAAGUUAAACCAAAAUUAGGUUUGCGGGCUUCGACUCACAGCGAUGAAUCUAAGCAGAAAGAAGCCCAGGCCAAAUCCCCUGACAAAUUUAAUUGCGACCGGGGCAUUGUAUGUUAUUGCACUCAAAAUUUAAAUAAAAGCUAAAAUAAGAGGCACGAUACAAAUGAAGUGGAAGAAAAGAAAACUUAAACGACAAACUCGCACACAACAUAAUAAGUUAAGGUAACGAAGAAGCGAACGGUAGAAAAGGAAGUGAACAGCCACAAGGUGCUGCACUAUUGUAAAGUAAUGUAAAAUGCGGAUGAGUUCAGUAAACUAAAGAAAUAUCUAAUUAAAAAAAAAAACAAGAAACAAGAAACAAAUAAGCAAGCAAACAAAUUAAUUGUGAACCUAGGUAUGUAUAUAAAAAAAAACAAAUUUGCGUAUACAUAUACACUGACACAAAUUAUUUAGUUUCAAAGUAUGAAU